UACAUGUGUGUGUUGUUGUUCAGCAACUAUAUGUGACACUUUGAUCUUUUUUCUUACAUUGUGUUGUCGCCGAAUGCGAGAUUCUCUUUGAUUUUGGACAUGCAAAUCAUUUACCGAAAAUUUAUCAUAUUCGAUUGACACAAAAGAAAGUACAACAAAAGUAAAUAAUAAAUUGACAUAUAUUGAAAAAAGAGACAAUUGAAGGCAUCAUCGGCGCCAUAUUCGGGCAAUAAAAUAAUAAGAAGGCCAACACUUUGUGUUUGUGGGGGAACAAAAGGGAAAAGGCUCAGGGAAAAUGGCUUUUUUCAAUUUAUUUCGAAGACAAAUUGCACCCGUUGGCUUAGUUGUUACCACAAAUAUAAAUCAUUUACAUCGGCGAUUUUUGUCGCGAUUGCAGGAAAAUUUCGAGUAUGACUUGGUCGUCAUUGGUGGUGGUUCGGGUGGUUUGGCUUGUGCCAAAGAGGCGGUAGCUCAUGGUGCAAAAGUGGCUGUGCUGGAUUUUGUUAAACCAUCACCACAGGGAACAAAAUGGGGUUUGGGCGGAACCUGUGUGAAUGUUGGUUGCAUUCCAAAGAAAUUGAUGCAUCAAGCAGCUUUAUUGGGUGAAGCCGUGCACGAAGCAGCCGCCUAUGGAUGGAACGUUGACAAGGACAAUUUGAAAUUGGACUGGAGCGUUUUACGUCAAAAUGUUGAAAAUCACAUUAAAUCGGUGAAUUGGGUUACUCGUGUCGAUUUACGUGACAAAAAAGUUGAGUAUAUCAAUGGUUUGGGUUACUUCAAAGACAAGAACACUGUGGUUGCCGUCAUGAAAAAUAAAACCGAGAAGGUAUUGACCACAAAAUAUGUUGUUAUUGCUGUCGGUGGCCGGCCAAACUAUCCAGAUAUUCCAGGCGCUCUUGAGUACGGAAUUACCAGUGAUGAUGUUUUCAGCCUGAAAACGGAACCGGGAAAAACUUUGGUCGUUGGAGCAAGUUAUAUUGCACUUGAGUGUGCUGGUUUCUUGAAUGCCUUCGGUUAUGACACAACUGUGAUGGUUCGUUCAAUUUUCUUGCGUGGAUUCGAUCAACAAAUGGCUGAAAUGGUGGCUGCAGCAGCUGCUGAAAAAGGUGUUAAAUUUUUGCAAAAGACGGUUCCAAGUGCCGUUGAGAAAACCGAAGAUGGUCGCCUGUUGGUACGUUAUACAAGUGCUGAAGGUCAACAAGGGUCAGACGUUUUCGACACGGUUCUCUUUGCCAUUGGCCGUAAAGCAUGCACAGAUGAUCUUCAAUUGCAAGCAGCCGGUGUUAAAUUACAUCCCGGCUCACAUAAACUUGCCGUCAAUGACAUCGAACAAACAAAUGUUGAAAAUAUUUAUGCUGUUGGUGAUGUUCUACAGGGCAAACCAGAAUUGACACCGGUUGCAAUCCAUGCUGGUCGCUUGAUUGCUCGUCGUUUGUUUGCCGGUGCAACGCAAAAGAUGGACUAUGCUGAUGUUGCCACCACUGUAUUCUCACCACUCGAAUACGGUUGCGUUGGAUUGAGCGAAGAAGAUGCCAUCGCUAAGUUUGGCGAAGACAAUGUUGAAGUUUACCAUGCUUACUACAAACCAACCGAAUUCUUUAUUCCACAAAAAAGCGUUCGCUAUUGUUAUUUGAAGGCAGUGGCAUUUAAAAGUGGCGAUCAAAAAGUAUUAGGUUUACAUUAUGUUGGACCGGUUGCCGGUGAAGUGAUUCAAGGUUUUGGCGCUGCUGUCAAGGCCGGUUUGACAAUCAAAAUUCUUUUGAAUACGGUCGGAAUCCAUCCAACCACAGCCGAGGAAUUCACUCGUUUGAGCAUCACAAAAAGUUCGGGAUUGGAUCCCACACCAGCUACAUGUUGCUCUUAAACACUCAUCAGCACUCUGGAUAUUUUAAGAAGCGCAUAAAUAGCCUUUUUGCUCACAGCAACACAUAACAAUAGAAUUUUUACUAUACAUUCGUUUUUCUGCAUAAAAAUUGAUAUAUUCAAAUUGUAACAAAAAAAAUAAAUGAUUGAUUUUUAUGUUGUUGUUCAAA